GUUGAUAACGGCCAGUACCAACACACUUUUCCGACCGUGCACACCUCUAUUUAUUACAAAAAAAAGUUUCGUCACAUCACAAUGUGAAUUCUUAAUUUAAAUCUCGUUACGUCAUUUUGAAAUUGACGUUUCGUGGUAGUGUUGCCAGUGAUUGAGUGUUAAAGUUCGAAAAUGGCGAAGGUUUGGCAGACUCUAAAUGCAUACUUUUUGGACACCUCGCGAUGUUGUAUGAGCGUGGAUCGAUUGAAGCACUUCUGUUUAUGUCGUAGAUGGGAAGAAGAGCCUAAUGAGGAACAGCUCCGACAACGUAAAGAGGCUGAGGAGAGGAUCGCAGCACAGAACGAGUUCCUCCGUAACUCCUUGCGAGGUUCCCACAAGCUUCAGGCCUUGGAAUCGAACCCCCCAUCGUCCGGCACUGCUUUCGUCAACGAUGCUUAUGAAGAUGACAUCAGUGAUGACUCCACGCAGCUCUAUGCUGUUGUUGACUACCAAGAAGUUUGUGCAGCACUCACUCGCGUGCAGAAAGCGCUGGGAGCCAGCGGGGAGUCGGCGUUGGCGGCGCGGGUGGCGGGCGCGGCGGGCGCGUUACUGUGCCCUGCGCUACGGACAGCCCUGGCCACCCGGUCGGCUGUGCUCACCGCAGUCAGGCACAAGAGGCCUGGCCUAGCCCCGCCUCAUACGCAUCGUGCUACGGAUAGGUUGAAAGACUGCAUGGACGUACUAGGAGCGCAUACAUCAACAGGCAGUGAAUCGUCGGCGCUGGCGGCGGAGCUGCUGUCGAUCCUGGGCGGGCUCGAGCUCGAGAGCCUGAUACAGGCACACGACCAGGCGGCUGCGCUGCUGGACCCCGCCUGCUUUAAUAGGGGCAAGAGGCAUAAGACUGGUAACAACUUCAAUCACAAGGGUGAGAACGACAAGGCAUUGACGGCACAUUCACCCGACGACCCCAGCGAACAUAUUAAAAUUAUUAAAAUCGAGAAGACUAACGAACCACUUGGUGCUACUGUAAGAAAUGAAGGGGAAGCUGUAAUAAUCGGAAGGAUAGUCAGGGGUGGAGCGGCGGAGAAGUCAGGACUGUUACAUGAAGGAGAUGAGCUCCUGGAGGUGAACGGCGUGGCGAUGCGCGGCAAGUCAGUGCACGAGGUGUGCCAGGUGCUGGGCGCGCUGUCGGGCACGCUGUGCGUCGUGCUGGCGCCGCGCCGCGCCGCCGCGCGCGCCCCCUCCUCCCACCGCGUGCUGCACGUGCGCGCCCAUUUCGACUACGACCCCGAGGACGACGUCUAUAUCCCUUGCCGGGAGCUCGGUAUAAGUUUCCAAAAAGGCGAUGUUCUUCACGUGAUCAGCCGCGAGGACCCGAACUGGUGGCAGGCAUUCCGUGAGGGAGAGGAGGACCAGACCCUCGCCGGACUCAUUCCUAGCCAGGCGUUCCAACACCAGCGAGAAUCAAUGAAGCUGACGUUAGCAGGCGAAGUAGCGGCCAGAGAUAAGCCACGUAAGGGCGGCACACUACUCUGUGCGAAGAAACCGCCACGGAAGAAGAAGGGCAAGAAAGCCACGAGUGAGGCUGGAUACCCGCUGUAUUCUACGUCUGGUGGGGAUGUAAGGUUAAAUCUUCCAGAAUACGAGCAAGAGGAGAUCCUGACGUAUGAAGAGGUCGCGCUGUAUUAUCCUCGGGCGUCACACAAACGGCCCAUUGUCCUCAUCGGGCCUCCAAACAUCGGGCGCCACGAACUCAGGCAGAGGCUCAUGGAGGACAGCUCACGAUUCGCAGCUGCUGUGCCACACACGUCACGUCCGCGCAAAGAUCACGAGGUACCUGGCCAGGACUACCACUUUAUUUCGCGCACGCAGUUCGAGGCUGAUAUCCUCAACAGAAAGUUUGUCGAGCACGGAGAAUACGAGAAGGCGUAUUACGGUACGUCGCUAGAGGCGAUCCGUGAAGUAGUGAAUUCAGGAAAGAUCUGCGUACUGAACUUACAUCCUCAGUCGCUGAAGAUCCUCCGGAAUUCCGAUCUGAAGCCUUACACCGUGUUCGUAGCACCUCCCAGCCUCGAGAAACUUAGGCAGAAGAAGAUCAGAAAUGGAGAAGCUUUCAAGGAAGAAGAAUUAAAAGAAAUAAUCGCAACCGCACGGGAUAUGGAACUGCGAUGGGGCCACCUGUUCGAUAUGAUAAUCAUAAACAACGACACCCAACGUGCCUACCAACAACUGCUGAACGAGAUCAACAGCCUGGAGCGCGAGCCGCAGUGGGUGCCGGCGCACUGGCUCAAGCACACCUAGCGACCGACGCCGCCCGCGGCCCGUCCGCGCCCCGCGCCCGCGCCCCCCGCGCCCCGCGCGCCCCUCGCGCCCCCAGCACUGCCGCGCCCCUCCGCCCUGACUCCGCUGCUCCUGAUGUUUGACAUCAUCACGCAAAUGGUUUUACAUUUGCUCGUCUACUUCCUCGACGUUUGCGACGUCAAAAAGAAAUUCAAAUGGAAAUCGGAUAUGAGAGCACUCGGUAGUGAUAGAGAGGCUUGUAGAGAGACGGACACGUUCUCAGCCCGUAACGAUGUAGAUGGAAAUAUAGAAUUUAGAAAUGUGUUCCCGAAGUCUUGUUUAGUUGAAAUUGAAUAUCUAAAUAAAAACGAUAACCCGAGAUGUUUCACGUUACUAUGACUCGAUUUCAGUACCGAGUCGUAUUUACCGAACGAGUGUAUUUAAAUCGUUUCAGACAUCACUUAGUUUAGUUACGAAUUUAUUUCAAAAGUACGAUAAGUGUUACAAGUGAGGUGCGAUUACUUAUGAAGACGAGUGUGGAGGUGGUGUUAUGAAAUCAAAUGAGAGAAAUAAAAUAAUAUUUAUUAAUUAAAUUCGAUAUACCACGAAAUUCGUACGUUUUUUGUCGUAUUACCGAUAAACUCUUCGUUAUGAAUUAAAUAAAUAUUGGCAAUAAAUCUCUAUCUGAUGUUAAUGAUAUGUUUUGUGCAUAAUUUACAUACUUAUAGUGUUUAUCUACAAUAAAAGAGCGAGUUUAUCUUAUAAAGUCCAUAGAGAGAUUGGUUUAUUAAAUUUUUAACAAAAUAUACUGCCUUAUUCGUGGAUGUUACGUCAUUUUAAACUUCUAAGUAAUUGUUUGUUAAAAUUAGAAACGAAGGAAGGUUAGUGUUAUCUUUGUUUCUUAUUUUAAUAAUAUUUAGAAAUAGUUAUUAUAAUAAAUGACCCCGAGAGUCAGUCAUUAAAUCCUUCGGUAGAUUAGACAUUUAUAUAUAAAAUUCGAAAUAAUAUUUUCAAAGUUUUGUCCUGACUGACUCGGCCACGCACGCCCCAAACUUUUGAACCUUAAAUUAUGAGUGUAUUUAAGCGCCAAUAAAUAAAUAUUAAACAUUAAAAUUCCCAUCUUUGAAUAAAGGCAUGUUUAUAUAUUUUAUUGCUUGAUAUUAUAAUUUAAAGAGGUCCGUGUAUUUGGAAUCUUUAUAUUUACUUGUAUAUUUUAAAUAAGUAUUUACAAUUAUAGCUUCUACGUCAGUUUCAAAUGCUGGGUUUAAAUUAAGUAUUAAGAAUUUACUUUCUUCUACAAAUCUAUAAACAUUCCAAAGUGAUUAUAGAAUACAUUCCUUUAGUACUUACUUAGUGUUAAUAUUAUAAAGAAUUAUUAUAUUAUUGUGAAGACUGUCCAAUAUAACACGUUUUAUUAUUUCUUUGCUGUCCUGCUUACUAUUUUUUACUUGUUGUACUUAAUUUUCAAUUCUAAAUACUUAAUCAUCGUCAAAAAUAUUUGUGAUUCAUAAAAGUAAAGCGCGCGUAUUGCCAGUCCGAAUAAAUAAUGUUAAGCAUAUAAAAUUACUAAGAUUGUUAAAAGAAAUUCUAAAAUACUACACCAACAAUAAUGCAAUGGAAUUUAUAGUUUGCAAUGAAUAAAAUAGAUAGUUAAUAAAUACGAUGAUAAAACAAUAAAAUAUUUCUCUAAAAUGCCAAAUUUAUACGGUACGUAGAUAUUAAAAAAUAGAAUUUUUUGAAAAAUUUCUCCUGUAGUCUUCUUGUGGAUUUCUCUAUAAAGAAACGACUCGAUGGUAGGACGUUAAUAGUUACAAUAAAACCAAUUAAAAUUAACACUGCUAUUAUAGUGAGUAGAAAAGCAAUAUUUUAUAUCCGUAUAAUCAAUUUACCUACUGUACAACGACAUAUCUGUUUUUAUAGUAUACCUAUUUCAAUUAAUAUUUUCGGCCAAUAAAUUAUUCUUUUUGGCAAAUUUACCCGUUUAACGUAUACCUACCUAUAGAUAAAAUAAUAUUAGAGUGAAUAUUCUCGAACUGGGUGUGUUUAAUACGCUUAAAUGGUACUUAUCGAAGUGUAACCAGAAAAUAUUAAUAAUUUACACAUUCACGUGGGAACACGGGCGUAUAUUGUAACAUAAAACUUGAAGCCUGUCUUAUUUCUAUGCGACGGAGGAAAUAAGUGUGGCUUGUAUUUAGUGCUACGAUUUACUGCAUUACUUAAACGAUGUCGCUUCAAGAUGUACUUACAAGACAAUAAUAACAUAAGGUCAGGGUAAUGUCUGACGGAAGACGUGUUACUACCAAGUCCUACUGAAAGACUAGAGAUACCUAUAAGCAGUACGGUUUUUUAUCAAGUUGCAGCUAAAACAAAGGUACAAAAUUUGAAAGACAAGAUAGAUUAAUUUGUAACUUAUAAUAGGUAGUAUUAAUAUUAUCUGGUUACGAAUAUAACAGCGAUAUAGCUCAUUGCAAUACAAAUUAUUGUACGAAAACAAUAUUCUAAAUAUCUUGAUUAAUUAGUUCCGUUAAUAUUUGUAUAUCUAUGUAGAUAGACAUGUGCAUCCAAAUAAUUUAGUGCCAAAUAUAUAAGGCCACGAGUAACUGUGGAUUUAAUAUUCAUUUUAAUGUAAUCACAAUUUUAAUAUUAUGUUAUUUUAUAUGAAUGAUGUAAGUAUUCUUCUUUACCAUUUUCGAUUGUGUUAUAUGUGUACUGAUUUUGAGACAUUGUGUCAUAUAAAGUUUUUUAUUCAUCGUGAAAUUGCGUUAGUUGAAUAAGUUAUUUCGUAUUUGAAUAAAAUAUAAAUCAGUUGUAACCUUUGGAGGUGCUAAAACUUGUAAACUAUAAUUUGUUUUUCUUUUUAUAUAAUUCUGUGUGAUUUUUAAGUUAUUGUUAAACUGUUAUGAGCACAAACAAUGUUUGGAGUGUACUUAGACAUUACAAUUCCCAUCAAAGAACAAUGAUCCAAAUAUUUUUCAUGCUCAUAAUAAGAAAUUGUGGAUUUGUCGAACUUCACAGUAUUGAUAUUAUCUUAUUUAUAAAUAGCCAUGUAUAUAAUUUAUUAACAACCGAGGAAAUGAUAAAGAUAUAAAUAAAUAACAUGUUAAUAGUGAACAAUUUAUUGUAAAUAAUAGAAUACCUAUUAAAUUUAAUAUCAGA